GCGCAUUGAGGGUUCCAGAAGUUUCUGGCCGGCUCGGUGAGGGGCGGCGGCGGAGAGACAGUGACAUGUCAAACAUUGGCGAGAGCUGGAUUCUGAUCAGAGACGGGAGGUGUAUUUAGUGAGACAAUGUUCGGAUGCCUGGUUGCGGGUCGAUUGAGACAACAUUGAUGCAUCCCAGUGGUUUCAGAGGGCAUAUGGUGAUUGAGUUUUGCUGUAAUCAUUUUGAAGUUCCUUAGGAUUAUGCAGGUGCAGACAGAUGCACAACAAGUUGCAGAGGGGAAAUUUGUAUUUAACCUUCCUGAUUAUGAGAAUGUCAAUCACGUGGUGGUCUUUAUGCUGGGGACAACACCAUUCCCUGUAGGAACAGGAGGAUCUGUGUAUUUCUCAUAUCCUGACAAGAGUGGAAUGCCAGUUUGGCAGUUGCUGGGAUUCAUAACUAAUGAAAAACCUAGUGCAAUCUUCAAAAUAUCACGGUUAAAGACAGAGGAAGUUGGCCAGAAUCCUUUUGGAAUGAUGAAUAUUGCCCAAACUCAAUCUGUUGCCCAAAUAGGGAUCUCUGUGGAACCUGUGGAGCUCUUGACACAGCAAACUCCAGUAGCAAGUGCAGCUGUAUCAACAAUUGAUUCAUUUACACUGUUUACACAGAAGAUGCUAGACAAUUUCUAUAAUUUUUCAACAUCAUUUGCACUGACCCAGGCUCAGAUGAUCCCAAAUCCCUCUGAGAUGUUUAUCCCAGCAAGUAUUGUAUUGAAAUGGUAUGAGAAUUUUCACAGAAGAUUGUCGCAAAAUCCAAAUUUUUGGAAAUCAUAAACUAUAUUCUACAGAAGAUAAUUGUUACAAGCAACAGUGUUCAAUCUGUAUAAACUGAUCUUUGCAAAUCCUUUUCUUUUCUGCAAUAUGGUUUGAAUACAUGAUGCUUUUCAUAGUAAUCAAGCUGGUUUGAAAAUUAUUUUGGAAUAUCUUGCUUCUGACACCCAUCACACUUGUUACAAUGGAUAGUAACAAUCUUUUUAAUCAUGUCUGAAUUGCCAGUUUUAUUUUCACUCUUAAAAUGGAUGAUAAAUUGGAAUUGAGCACCUAA